AUGGCCAAGCCCGUCCGGCUGCGGCUUCUCGACCCGACGACAGCGUGGGCCGCGGGUGGCGCCGAGAUCACGGUGCACGGCACGGGCUUCUCGCUCCAGCCGCAGUCGAUGCUUGUGCGGCUGUCGCUCCCGCUCACCAGCACGGAGGUCUGCGUCGACGUCCGGUCGGGCAACGAAGGCACGGCGAGCUUCAUCGUGCCGAGCCUCACGAGCUACCUCAAGAGCCGCAUCUCGUCCUGCACCGUGACACUCGAGAUCAAGGCCACGGGCGUCGUAGCCGCCAACCCGCAGGAGAUGCUGCUGCACCCUGAGCUCUCGAUCAAAAAGAUCUCACCGACGCACCUGCCGUUCUCUGCGACGUCGUAUGCAAGCAUUAUGCUCUUCUUGGAGCUGCGCUAUAGCCACAGCUUUGUGCAAAUCAAGCCCAACGUCGACGGCAAGGUCCAUCUGACGGCCGCGUCGCCCGUGUACGUGCGCAUUAGCUACGUCUCCGAGCACUCGAAGAUCCCGCUUUCGGUCGUCCGACCUGCCAUGUGGAGUCCAGCGUCCCAGGUCAAUGGCGACAUGCUCAUCGAAUUUCAGCCGCCCAAAACCAGUAUCGGCGUCAUGACGGCCGAGGUGUCGCUGAACAAAGUCGAGUUCUUUGGUGCACUCUGCUACAACGUCUGGCGCGACUUUGACUUGGCUUCGGUCAAGCCCCGCGCUGUGCUCAUUUCACCAUCGCACCCCGUCGACGUCGUUUUGCAAGGACAGCAUUUCCUAGAGACGGGCGAGGUCGUCGUUCGACUCUCGCAGCCGCCCGACGACGGCGUUCCCCAAGGCAUGAUUUUGAAUGCCGUCUGCAAGUCGGCGACUGAGAUCUCGGUCUCGCUGCCACCCAAAACACACUGCGGCGUGACGCGAUGGACCGUCUCGUGCAACCGCGGCGAGCACUUUUGCCUCUCGACGGUCGAGUGCUUGCUCUUCCGAGAGCGCGUACCGCACACACUUGUGCCUACUGGCGGCGCACUCACCGGCGGCACCAAGCUUCGCCUGUUGCUUCCAAGCCUCGACAACGACGAUCUGGACUCGUUCCAACUGCUCCUUACGGAGCUGCAGCAAACCAAGGUGCUGCGCAUCCGGUUCGCCCCCGUCGACGAUAGCGUGCCGGCCAAGACGGUGUGGGCAACGCCCUCGGCCAUUGACCCGCUUUGCAUCGAGUGCACAACACCCGCUUUCGACGUCAAGCAUGUGCCCAACGACGAGACCUUCCCCGUCCAAGUCGCGCUGUCGGUCGACGGCCGGUAUUUCAGCGGCAAUCUCACCUUCCACUACUUUGCCCCGUACGUUAUCAAGGCGCUCUCGCUCCAUCACGGCCCCAAUACGGGCGGGACGCGCCUCUGCAUCACGAUGAGCCGCCACGUGCCGGUGUUGCUACCCAUCCUCGUCAAGUUUACAAGUGUCCGCGCCAACAUCCGAGCCACUGUCGUUGGCAGCGUUGUGCCGCAGGACGAUGACGCAACGGUGUUGCAGUGCCACACGCCCAUAUGGCCGAUCGACAAGGAGCUCCAGCUCACCAAGGUGCAAGUGUCCCUCAACGACGGUGUCGAUUACAUUCCAAAAGACACCGAUACGUCCGUGGUGGCGCAAUUUCAGACGACCUUGGACGUGGACGAGACGUACCUGCUCUAUCUCUUCUACCCACCACCGACGAUCCACUACAUUUGGCCAACGUCUACGUCCGUCAUGGGCGGGGGGCUCCUCCGACUCAAAGGUGAGAACAUAACCGACCACGGUGGCACGGUCUCGGUCGUCUUUCGCACCGGGCAGGGCCAUCGGCGCGUGCGGGCGUUCCAACGUCUGUUCUGUAUUGCGCCGCCGUCGGUGGCGGGUCUCGUCGACGUCUACGUCUCCCUCAACGGCCAGCAAUACUCCAAGUGCUGCUUCCGGAACAUCCCGAAUCGAAGCCAGUUCCUCUACUACGAGCUGCCGUCCAUCACGUGCGUGACGCCGAUCUCGUCACCGUCGCAGGUGUCGUCGACCGUCACCAUCAUCGGCGAGUCAAUUAUCGACACGGGCACGAUUCAAGUUCGGUUCUCCUACUUGAAGCAAACGUCCAUCAUUGGAGAGCCGCACACCGUACGGCAGUACGCGGCCGGCCGCCUCAACGCCCAAGGCCACAUUGAGUGUGCGUCGCCCAUUUUGAGGACGAUCGCACCCAACUUGAUGAGCACCGUCGAGAUCUCGCUCAACAGCUGCGACUUUACCGGACCAAAGCACCCGUUUUCCUUCUACCGACGUCACACGAUAAAGCUCGUCGAGCCAAUUGGGAUGGCGCUCGACCUCGCGACGCUCCUCAAGCUUCACCUUACGCCCAAAAUCAUCACGGACGGCAUCAAAGUGCGGCUCAAGGUGAGCUACGUCGGACAUCGAGGGGGAGCGCUCGAGAAGCACAUGCUUGGUCCGAUGGUGGCGACGGCCUGGACGACUGAGCACGUCGAGUUUCUCUGCCCUGCGCUCUCGGCGCUCGUCCAGUCGCCGCAACAGUUGCGGCAAGUCGACGUUGAAGUCGCGCUCAACAACCAGCACUUUUUAGACGUGGGGAAUUUACUCAACUUCACAGUCCCGUACAGCGUGCCCAAGGUCGAUCGUAUCUGGCCAGUCGCAGCGCCUUUCGAGAGUCCGACCGAGCUGCAUCUCUUUGGCUCGGGGUUUGCCAGCGAGUACCCGACGCACCUCCGGCUCAGCAUUCCAGGCAUGACACCCGGGUCGACAGUCUCACGUGUUCUCGACACGACGUUUGUGUCGCCCGAGCAGGUCUCGGUGCUGUGCCCACCCGUCGCGGCGUUUACGCCCGACCACCAAGUGCAGCUCAACUGGCUAUCGUGCAAUGUCCUGCCAACGUCGCCGGACGUCAUGUCGGAGCUGCCUGAGUCGCCCAAGUCGCGGACGCGCUUCACACACCGCAGCGAGUCCCGCAAGCUGCGCCGCCACCCCGACAACCAAUCACGGCGGCGCGUGGCCAUCGGGGGCAUGAAGGUGCUGCCGAUAUCGAUCGAGAUGGCGACGCGCUUCGACCAGUUUUCUCCUGUUGCGCUCCCCGUGGCCUUUUAUACAGCACCGAGCAUCACGCACGUGGCCCCCCGCGGGGGGUUCACGACGGGGGGCGCCGUCGUCGAAUUGCACGUCGACGCGGCGCAGCUGCAGUACUUGCACGUGGUCGACAUCAUGCCCAUGAUGUUUGGCGACACAAAGGUCACGGGCCACCGCGUCGACAACACCGUUUCUGUCGUGGCGCCGGCGCUGCCCGCGGGCCAGCACCUCUUGACGAUCGCGUUCAACCAGCAGUGCUACGAGAUGGUCCGCGUCGGCAUGUUUCCCGUGUACUUUGAGGCGUUUGAGCCCCCGGUCGUGCACUGCCUGGCCGCCAACAACUGCAUCAUGAGCUUUGGGCCAAUGGACGGCGGCACUCCGGUCAGCAUCCGAGGGCAAGGGUUUAUUGAGUCGGCGAGCCCGUUGGUCAAAUUUGUAUUUUACAACGCGCCCUUUGCAACCCCGCGUGGCCCGAAGAGCGACGAAUAUAUUGUCGAAGCGACUAUUGUCGAUGGCGGUUUGAUCAAGUGCAUUGCGCCGCCCGUGACACACGCCGGCAUCGCCAACGUUCAAAUUUCGUGCAAUGGCCAGCAAUUUUCCGAAGACUCGCAGCUUCAUUUCGAGUACCAUGCUGCCACCAAGCUCAUGCUCGAGCCAGGCAGCGCCAAGUGCGGCGCCCUCGACGGCGGUACACCCAUCAUCUUUCACGUGCUCCAGGGGCUCCCCGAAGACCGGUCGAGCUUGGACUGUAUGGUGCAGCUCGUGGACAUCAAUGGCCACGUCGUCACCGUGCCUGCUUCGUUCGUCGAUGACAGUGCGGUCUUGCACCCUCGGAUUCAAUUGCUCUCACCGCCGUGGCCGUACCCAACCAAAGUCCAACUCCGUCUCUCGCUCAACCGCCAAGUUUUCUUCUUCGAUACGGAGCUCUCGUUCCUGUAUUUCGACGCCCCGGAUGUCAUCCAGGCCAUCUCCCCCGUGGCCGGGCCAACGCACGGCAAGACACGCGUGCUUGUGGCCUGCAAUUCGCUGCUUGAGACAGGCGACAUCGUCUUUAAGCUGCUGCUCAAGCCUGGCACGUGCGCGGAUGAGACCGAGACGCUCGAGCUCGUCGUGCCCGGGCGCGUCAGCAAGGAAGACGAAGCGCUUGAGUUUGAGACGCCACCCGUGCCGUUUGGCUGCCACGUGUUCUUGCAAAUGUCGCUAAACGGCGUCGACUUUUGCACCGCGAACCGCGACGUAUACUUUGCCUUCUAUAUGCCACCGACGCUCACGUCGUUUCACCCGACAUGGGCACCGAUCGACUGCGAGACGGUCCUGCGGUUGUAUGGCCAGCACCUCCGAGACUAUGGUGCACCGAUCGAAGUGCAGUUGACGCCGUGGCGCGGUGCCACGAGCUAUGUCGUGCCAGGACGCAUCACCAAUGACGAGAAUGGCGUCCCAUGCGUGGUGUGCAGCACGCCGACCGAGAUCGAGUCUGGUUUUGUCAAGCUCGAACUGAGCUUAAACGGACAACAAUUCACCGUCUCUGAAUAUCCGGAUCCACGCGUGGUGAGCGCGCUGGCCGUCCACAAGACCAAACCGCUCUACCCGUUUCGGUUUUUUGCGCAGCCCUACUUUCUCACAACGUCAUAUGGCUCGGCCGGCGGCGGGUCCCGUGUAGUCUUCUGCGGCGGCCCACGGUUGGCCAAGGCGCUCGCCAAGUGCGACGCCAAGUGCUAUGUUCAGUUCACACCUGUCAAGCUAUGGAGCCUCACGGGCACCGCGUCGACGUCGGCCAAGCUCCCUGACUCGAUGACGGUGGCGGCCGAGGUCGAUGCGACCACCACGACCGUGACGUGUCGAGCUCCCAUGUGUCGGCAAGCGUGCAUUGCCAGCGUCGAGCUUCUCUUUAACGAGCAGCGGGCGCUGGACGCCGCCGCGCUGGGCUCGGCCCGAGAAAAAUACCAUUUUUUCGACGCCCCCGCCAUCACCGAAGUCGUGCCGUCCUGUGGGCCCAUGGCAGGCGACACGGUCCUCCUCCUCCUCGGCACCAAUAUCUUCGAGUCGCAUCAAAUCCACGUCCGGUUUCAAUCGGCUGCCAACCGCCACGAAUUCUGCAUUGUUCGCGGCCACGUGACUACAACACUCAGUAACGGCACGCAAGCCAAGCACCCAAUGAUCCAGUGUGUCUCGCCGACCAUCGAGGUGUACGACCCGAGCCAGAUGGCACCGACGCCGACAGCCCCUGUGAAAGCGCAGCGUUACGUCACUAUGCUGGCGCAGGCGGGCCCCCGAGCCGGGCUCCGUCGGACUCGAGACGUUGAAACCCGUCGUCGGUCGAUGGCGCCGACCCAAGCAAACAACCGACUUGUCGUGAACCGAGCCAGCUUGAGCAACGCCGAGCUCGGGUGUCCGUAUCUGGACGUGAUGGUUGAUUUUAGCCUCAACGGGGGCGAACAGUACCUUCCACGGGGCGUCCCAUAUCGGUUUUAUACGCCUUUGGACUUGCGGAACCUCGUGUACGGCCCUCACCACGUACCAGCCGCAAUGCUCGACGAGCUUGUGGGACUGGACGCCGCGCCGCGCUCCCGGCGCCUCGUCGUUCGUGGAUUUGAAGCCGCGACGCUGGUCGAGAGCAAGUGUAUCGGUGUCCGUUUCGAAAGCAACGCGACCCACGACACGUACACGCAGCCUUGCGUCGCAUACGCAGACAAGGGCGAGGUGAGCUGCGUGAUCCCAGAAUUUGCCACGCCCGGGACCUACCGCCUGCUCUUUUCCCUCAACUCGCAGCAAUUCACCUAUCUCGGAGACAUUCGUGUCCAUGCAGCGAUGAAGAUCUUGACCAACACACCACUUCAGAGCCCUCUCAACGGGGGCAACGUUGUGCACCUCGAGACUGAGAUUCCGACAAGCAUCGGAGAUCUCUCCAUCAUGCCUUCAAGCCAUCGACGUAUCGUGCGUCAUAGCAUUCAAGCGUUCGAGGCGCCCGAAGUGCGGCUCCAUCGCGAAGGCUCCAACUGGCGCGAGAAGGUGUCGCACCGCGUUCGGGUCUCGAUUGUGGCGCCAGUGGGCACGCGCAAGGUUAGCGCCCGGGCGCCGGUAGUGACGGUGCGCUCGCGCGUCGCGCAGUGGAUCAUGCACGAGGCGUCCGUGGACAUGGCCGUUGGCAUGGUCGACAUUGAUGCCACGUCGUGGCCGUCAGAAGGUGUCAUUGUGACAGUGCAUUUAAAGGCGAGCUACAACACAUACCGCGUCAUCGUCACGGAGGCGUCCGUGCCGACGAUGGCUACUUUGACCAAGCUCCCAUCCGUGCUGGACACGCUUUACGUUGUGACGCCGUCCGACGCCCCAACAGCCCACGGCGAUGUCAACAACGUACAUCUGGUGCGGCACGACGCGCUAGACGCAGCCCCAGUGGCGCUACCGCUUGUUACCAGCGACUGCGACAAAGUCGCGCAAUGGCGCAUCGAAGAAGGCUUUUUCUGGCUCAUUGCGAGAGCUCCGGAAGUGCUUGUUCUGGCCCCGAACCAGACGCUUCUUCACUGCCAACAACCAAUAGCACCUACCGCCGCGCCAGGUGCUCUCUGGGUCGUUGGCGCCCUCAUUUCGCGACCAUCGGAGCCGCUGUUGAUCAUAUACGUCAAUCGACGCGUCCUGUCGCUCGUCGCCACGUUGCCUGAGCUCGCGUCCCAGCCGCUCCACCCGCUCCACGACCUGUACCACGAAGCCGACGCUGCCCUAAACCUGCCAUCGACGUGGGCGCUUUGGAGCAACUCGGAGCCAGAGUCAAUGCUGCCACUGCAGCUCAGCGUCUGCUUCAAGCUCGCGGGCACAAGUGCAGCCGCAACAACGCCAGUGCUGGCUGUCGAGCUCCUGCAAGACGCCCCUUCCUCACCGGGUAUUGCCAAAUACAAGGUGACCUGCGCUCAGCCGCCGCUGUCAUCCAAGGGCAAGGUACUCAUAUGGCUGGGUGCACACGGCAUCUGCUUCUCGCCCCCGACGUCGAUGCUCGUGUACGACGCAAGUGCGUGGUCCAUCGCGGCUUUGGAGCCGCCGUGUGGGCUCUUGGGAUCCUGUACGCCUAUCAAGCUCCGGGGCACCGGUUUUCUCGAGACGGGCGCGAUCUCCGUCCAGUUCAGCACACCGACGCACACCGUUCACGUGCCCGGCGAAGUGUGGAAGCGGUACUUUUGCAAUGUCACCAUCACGGGGCUCACAGUGACCGGUCGACUCACCGGCGUCGACACGAACGGCUGGUACUACCUCGCUGUAAAGUGCAACGACGGACUUCCGCGCCAGACGCCGGCCAAGCGCAUGCUCUACCAGGUGCGCAAGGAGGUCGGCACCCUUCUUUGGUGCGAAAAGAUGCAAUUCGAGCUCGUCUCGGGCGCGCGCACGCCGCAAUUGGAGCUCGUGCUGCGCAUGACGGCCGACGACACCCGCGGCUCAUCCCGAUUACCGCGCGACGUGGCGACGUUCGUCGUGUCACCGAUGGUACUGAAGCCCGGCGUGAGCCAGUCGGCGUCCGUGAGUCUCCAGAGCGUCGACGGAUCGACGGCCAUCAAGCGUAGCGUGGAUUUGAGUUUGAUGCUCGAGCCGCCUAUACUGGAGAGCAGUAUGAUUGUCACGCAGGCACCGAACAUCGAGACCAUGUCUGUGCUGGAUGUGCAAGUGUCGUCGGGGCAGUGUCCGUACACCCCGCUGGGCGCGCCGUCCUUUCAAGUGUACGAGCUACCGCGCAUCGAUGGCUUGAGCCCGCGGUACCUCCCGUACUCGACCGGCGGCGAGAUCGUCGUACACGGCCGCGGCUUCUUCAACUCGGGCAUGCUGCUGCUUCGAGUGUUCUUUUUGUCGCCCAGAUACGACUACCAACAUGACCAAGGCGCUGCGCUGCAAGCCAAGCUCGACACCAUGGAUCGGCCGUCCCUCGAGUCCCAGAUCCUGCCGUGCACGUUCAAAUCGGCGACGGAAAUACUCUGCACGGUCCCACCGCGCCUCAAGAGCCGCAACAUCCUCUUUUGUGUCUCGUUCGACCACCACACGUUCACCGAGACAGUGCCGCAAGCAAUCUUGUACAUGUUUGAUCUGCGCGCGGUGCAGCCGUCCGUGGGCCCCACGCAAGGACGCACCUACUUGGCCCUCGAAGGCGCCAACUUGAAUUUGUGCCGGCUCGCCGGAAAGGAGCCGGUCGUGCGCUUCUCUUGGUUUCGAGGCGAAAAGCUCUUGGAGCGCGCUGUCUAUUCGGCCCAACUCACGAGCGGCAAGAUCUACUGCUACACGCCGGCUUGCAAAAUCAGCUUGGAACAGCUCCGACUCGAGCUCGAGGUCGCUGUCGGUGGCGUCGACGCUACGUUCUCAAGCGAUGCCGUUGCGUUCACCUACUAUCGCGCGCCCUUGGUCAAGAGCAUGGCGCCCAAGCUCAACCUCGUGCCCGGCUGCACCGAUGUGUACAUUCAAAUUGUCGAAAACUGGGAAAAUAGCCCGUUCUUAAACAGCAGUUUGACGACGUGCCGGUUCCGCAUCCAAGGACAAGCUCAGACAGCAGUGACGUCGCACAAUGCAACGGGCGUCAUCCAGUGCCGCCUCCCGCGCUUCACGGUGCCGAUCGCGGUGCCGCAGCUGCUGCAAGAUGCAUCGUUUGACCCUCGUCACGAACACAAGGUUUGGGUGCGGAACAGCGGACUCUUUGUGACGCUGCUACGCGCGCGGAAUCUGCGCCUGCCCAAUACGACGACGACCACGACAACGAGCCCACUGCUCCGGCCGUUUGUUCUGUUUGAGUUUGAGAGCCAGAAACUGCGGUCGACACUGCGCGAAUUUACGUCCAACCCGACGUUUUACGAGCAAUUUGACUUUGAGCUUCAGACGACGGACGAUCAUUGCCAUGGCGACCUUGUGUUGACGGUGCAGAACGACGUCGAGUCGGGGCGGCACGAGACGCUGGGCAUACUGCGCCUCCCGUUUGCGAGUCUCAAGAAGGCCAUUAAGCUCCGCGCGUGGUUUCCGUUGCAGCUGGCGGCGCCGCCACCCCGCCCGAUGACGCCGAUUCUGGCCCAAAAUUCGAUUCGAGAAUACUUGCGCGAGCCGCCAAAGGAGCUGCCCCACCGCGGCGAGGUCGAGCUCUUCAUUCACUUUCAGCCCAUGCUGCUGAAGCGCCCGUCGUUGCGGUCGCCGGCGACGUCGCGUCUCACGUCGGCGCUCAAGAAGACGAUGCACGUCGAGACAGCCUUCCGGUCGCGCAAGAUUUCGGCAGGAACAGUCGCCGCGGAUGCCAAGACACCGAAACCUAGCGAAGCAGACGAAGGGAAGAAGGUGGCGCUGCAGCGGCUUCUUGGGCGCCCAGCGUCGGCCCAUGUGACACCCACCGAGAUGAUUGUCGAGCUGGCGCUCAACGGCCAGGAUUUUAUGUCGGUGUGUGCGACUCGGUAUACGAUCCAGCCGCUGCCCAUCAUUGCAGACAUUUUGCCCAAGUGCUUGCCCUCCUGUGGCGGCUCGAAGCUCAUGCUUCACGGCUUUAACUUUGUCGACACCAAGUGCAUUCGACUGGCCUUUCUCUGGGGCAUUGAACACUACGCCGAACUUCGCCAGUCAUUCCGUCACGAAGCCGGUGUCGCCGUCUCGGUCCCGGUGACGGUGGUCACCGCAACGUUCGAGUCGGCCAACGUCCUCUCGUGCGUGACACCGCCCACAAAGCGCGGCGGGAAGGCGUCGUUCACCGUCAUCGUCGCACUCAACGGUGUCGAUUUCAACAGCGUGUUUCUCGCGCCGCCGCUGCACUCGGUCGAGCCAGAGAACGACCUCUCGCACCAAAGCACCAUGGCGCUCUGGUCUGAGCUUCUCGAUACGACGAGUGUUAUUGAAGCGAGUCUGCCCCACCACCAGUGGCUUAUCUACGAGACGCCGACAGUGCACCGGAUCGAGUCGGCGUCACCGUUGUACACAACCAAGCUGCUCAUCCACGGCGAACACUUCGUGCCGACCGACAACGGCCGCGCCAAAUUCAUCCACGAACCCGCGCAGGAAGGUGAGGCAAAGCACCCGGAUGCGAUCGUCAACCUCCGCGUGCUCUCGACAACGCUGCUCGAAUGCCUCACCCCCGACUUCCCCCCCGGGUCCAUGGUGCGCGUGUGCAUUGCCAUGAACGGAUUGGACUUUAUUCCGAUGCCGGACGUGCGGCUGUGUGUGUGCAACGCGCCCAAGUUGGGAACACUCGUGCCGGCGUGGGCCUACUCGAUGGGCGACCAUCCGCUCUACAUUCACGGCAGCAACUUUUCAGAGACCAAUCACAUUCGCGUGUCGUUCACGCUCGAAGACCCGUCAUUAUCUGUCACCGUUUCGGCCGAGUGCAGUGCCGACGGUGUCAUCAAGUGCCUCGUGCCGCCGCUGCACCACCUUGUGCCGAAUGAAGAUGUCUCGCUCGUCGGCGCCACCGCUCUCGUUGACGUGAGUCUCGGCCGAAAUAGCGUCCUCGAAUUUACCAACCAGCCACUUCUUCUCAACCUCUUCCGGGAUCAGCCGCUGCUCGACGACGUCUCGCCGACCGAUGGCCCCAUGUGGGGCGGUGUGCACAUGAAGCUACGUGGCCGCUUCCUCGUCGACACACCAAGCCUUCGCGUUCGGUUCACGCGGCUGCUUUUUGACGAGGCAUCCAACAAUUGGACGGUCAACUUUGAAGCCGCCUAUACGACCAUGGUACCGGCCACGUACGUAAACGAGUACGAGUUGCUCGUGGUGACACCGUCUCUGAAAGACGAAGGACCCGUGGCCGUGCAGCUCACGUUGAAUGGCAUCGACUUUAGCCCUGUCCACGACCAGACUUGGUUUGUCUUUUGGCGCAAUUGGAAAACGCGCGUGCAGAUCAUUCGGCAGAGCAUGCGCCACGACGGCGGUGCGCACGCUGCGUGGCAGCGCUAUAUGGAGUGGAAGCGCCGGCCAAAACUCAACGUGUACAGCACCAACAACGCUGUCUCGAGUCUCAAGAUCAAAGCGGCUCACAGCCCCCGUCCCCCCACCUACUCAAGACGGCUCGAGAACCUACCUGAUAUCAUUCGCAAAGUCGAGACUCUUCAAACGCCCAGCGACGGCGGCAGCGCGGACGACAUGUACAUCCCGCCCAACAUUAUCUGGCCCCACCCCGAUGUGGACUCGUGUCAAAAACCCCGACGCCUCCUGGAGAUGCUCAAAGGACUUUAUCGAAGCCAUGCAACGCAAGCUGAUAUCUACAGCCGGCUAAUCUUUGUGUUUGACAACGCGGCGCAUCUCAACGCCAAGUACACGGACUCGGUGAUGACGGUGCCGAUGGCGCCAACGGCGGGCGCGCGUCAGUUUCCGCCCAUCCGGCGGCGCGCCCGUGCGGGUCUCGAUAUCGCCCAUUUGCGCUCGGCACUGUGCUACAACGGUCUUUGCGAAGGCCUUCGGUGGAUCUUUCCGCAAGUCCACGAGUCGGAACUCGUCGAGCUAUGGGUGUACCUCGAUCCCGAAAAGAUCGGAAAAGUCACGCUGGAUGCCAUGUGCAGUCGCUUGCAAACUGAUCCGCGGCCACCGAGCCCCGAGCCAGGACCGAUGCACUAUGACCCGCACCCGAUUCAGUCCAACGUACCGGUUCCCGAGAUGCGCGAAGCCGCACCCGAGACAUCGUCCAUCACCCCCCAGCCGUUUUUGGAUGUGGGGCCGAUUCUCGAUUGCCUCCUGCCGACGUCCCCUCGGCCGUCGUUUGCGACAACGGAGGUUGUCGUGUGGUGCGACCCCAAGUACGCGGGGCCAGGAUCCGAGAUCGCCAAGCCGGAUGUCAAUUUGAUCGCGCAAGCCCAGCACCUCUCGCAGUUUCCUCGGGCGCGCGAGGUCAAGUUUGCGCCGCUCACCGAGGAAGAGGCCGAGCGCGAGCUCGAGCGACAAAAACCAAAGCCCCCGCCCCCAGCUUUGCGGCCGUCGCCCCUGCACGCCAAGCUCGAGCGUAGCUCGCGGGCGUUCUCACUCCGGAACAGUGCAAGCCGACGUCAACUCGAGACGCUUACAGGUAUUUUGCCCGACGUUCGCGCGUCGUCGCGGCACCUGCUGCCCCAUGCCCGCCGGCAAACCCGCCUCGCGUCGCUCGGGCGCACAAACGAAAAGAAACACCUCAAGGAAGUCCGGUCCGUGUACCAUGGGAUUCUCUCCGCCAAAGCACCCCCCGAUACGACGGGCGCGCUCUAA